CAGUGUGUAUAUAGUUUCUGUUUCCUUCUUUCUGUGUCGGUUCAUUAUGCCACGUUAUAUUGUGAUACCAAUGUGUUUUCUUUUAUGGAUUCUGAAUUGAAGCAAUCCUCUCAAAGUGCAAAUGGAGCCUGUGCCCCUCUUUGGCUUCGAUUAACCAGUGGCAGCUCAGGUUGUUUCCAUUACUGUGGUUGCUGACAGAUGGAGGAGGAGACAGAAUCCGGCCCACUGUUGCAUUACGAAUCCACCCUCCACAAGACACAGCUAAGAAAACAAUACUCACAUUAAUGUUUAAAAAACAGCAAAUUAACAAUCACACUGUUAACACGUUAUUCAACUGACCGACACACUGAGGCUCCGGAGUGCUCCAAUGUGGUUGUGUGGUGUUCACACAGGUAGCCAACUCAUGGCCGCGGACCUGGAAACCUGGAUCACAGUGGAAGUGAGCCUGACCUCCUGGAUGGAUGUCUGUCACUGUCACUCCGCCGCUCUCAGGAGACUGAGGGAACUGGCAGGACAGCAGGAAGGCUGUAGGAGGGAUCACAGCUGCAAGUGUUUUGUGGUCUCAAAAAAAGGAUGCACUGGUCAAUGAACACACUGCCCCUGCCUCCGUAUGUUGAGCUGGGCGUCCAUUCACUGAGCGGCCUUCUGUGGACUCUGCUGCUGCUUUUUCUGUGGCACUGUUAUCGGAUGGGCUCCGACCUGCCGAUCCCAGGCCACACACAUGCCGGAAAGUUGAAGUCAGGCUCGAGGCGAUCCAUGAUGUCCCGCAGUGGUAGCUGUGCUGGAACCAAGUGUAACGCACGAUCCAAGCUGUCAAGAAGUGAUCCGAUUACUCCCUUUAUUUCCAUGGAAACAGAGGAUGAUGAGGAGCAGGGACAGGCCUACCUCACCCCAGUGCUGAGUCAUGCCUUGUUCCCAGCUCAGGCCUCUGCAGAAGCCAAGAAACUGUACGGAGCUCUGCAAGAGUACGCCAAGCGCUACAGCUGGGUGGGCAUGGGCCGCAUUCAUAAGGGCCUCCGUGAGCAGAUAAGACUGAAUGAUCACUCCACCAUACAGAAGCCUCAUCUCUUCUUCCUCCCAGAUGUCCCAAGUGUUCCUUUCUUCCCACGUGAUGCUCAUCGACACGACAUUGAGGUCUUAGAAGCCAACUACUCUGUAAUUUUGGCUGAAUUCAAGGCUGUUUAUCAGCGGGGCAUCGACUCAAAACUGGGCUGGACCUGUUUGGGACCAAAGGGCCAGGCAGUGUUCCCUCUGUACAGUGCAGGCGUCUGUGUGGCAGGUAACUGUCGCUCUUGUCCCUACACAUACCGCACACUUCUCUCUCUUCGUACAUUUAUAAGCAGCAACUCGUUGGGAUCUGCUGGAUUUUGGCUGCUGGGGCCCGGGACUACGUUGGGGUGUUCAUACGGACCCACAAACACACGCCUGCGUUGUCAUCUCGGUCUGCAGACUCCACCCUCAUGUGAGCUGGUGGUGGGAGGAGAGCCUCAGUGCUGGUCAGAGGGACACUGCCUCCUGGUCGAUGACUCCUUCCUUCACACCGUCUCUCACAAGGGGCCCUCGGACGCUGGACCUCGAGUCAUUCUGAGUGUGGAUCUCUGGCACCCAAAUGUGGCUGCAGCAGAGAGACAAGCUUUGGACUUCAUGUUCAAUCCUGACUGCUGAAUUUACCGCUGUACUUCCAAAAUACAACAAGCAGGGAUGCCUUACUUUAGCCCUGCUUGCUGUGGGUCAUGCAUCUCAUUCCAGUCGAUGAAUCACUGUGUGAAUCUCUGACCUAAGAGUUACACAAGCCAUUAGCCACACUUUCAGGUGGUGUUGGAUUUAUGGUCUACACCGGCAAGUGCCACAUGAAUGCAGUACGGACGAUGUUAGACGAUGCAAGUUUGGCUUCAAACUACAAACUGACAUCGUCUGAAAGCACAAGGAUAUGAAACCUAUGAAGAGCAGAUCUGGUGUUGUAAAUCUUGUCGUAUAUCGUAUAUUAUGCUCGUGAAUGCUUCCUGCAUGUGAAACCUCUCUGUCCUGAUUACUGGACUCGCAUGUUCUCAUAUGCCUUCAGGAAGGACAGGCUGUUAAAGUCUCAGUGUUUAUUUUGACUUUUAGGUGGAUUAUUAACGACUCAGCCAAAAAAACUGUGAAAAAAGUACGAAUCAUAUUUAUGAAGAUUUACAUUUAUUUUUGUUCCCACAAUGGAUGCCAAACUUAUAAAAACAUUUGCAUACUGUGGUUAUUCUCUCUUUUCCUUUGUAUAAAGCUCUAUG